UACGAGAGGAUAAGAGUAAGACCCCUCUAAAACCCUCCGGCUCUCCCUCUCCAACGCCCAUGGCGUUCCUUUCUUCCCCUCUGCUUCCCGCCACCACCACCAUCCUCUCCUCUUUCUCCCAUUCCACUCGUGCUACCGACAGCCCUUCUCUCCCAGUCCUCUUCCCUCGUCACCGCUCCCGCCCUUAUUUCCUUCCCGCCAUCGUUGUCCGCUCCGCAAGGAAGUCUUUCUAUCCGUCUCCUGCAGAAGACGAGCCCCCGGAGGCCCCAGAAGAUACCGCUCACGGCGUCUCCCGGUUCCAGCAGGUUUCUCGCCAGGCCUCCCGCGCCCGCAAGCUCCAGGAGGAGCAGUACGAGAAGGAGAAGUCAAUAUUCCUCUCCGCUCUCGAGAAUACUCCUGACAACCCCCGCCUUCGCAAUCCCUCCUCCGCUGACGACGGGGGCGACGACAUCUUCUCCGAAAUCGACCGCGCCAUCGCCCUCAAGCGCCAAGAAUUCGUCGAGAAAGGCCUCAUCAAGCCCGCCCCACAACCGGAGCAAGACGCUGCUGAAGAAGUCGAUGAUCUGUCGCCCGAGGAAGUUGUUGACGUCGACGAAAUUAGCGAGCUGCAAGGACUUACUGUGGUCUCUGAGGAUACCCAAGAAUCGGAAUUCGAAGACGAUGAAGAGGUAAGCUUCAAACGAGCUUCUGCCUCUUCUUCUUCUACUUUGAAUGUAUCGUCCUUCGACCUCGAUUUCUCGAAUUUGGAUCGUGAUGAGGUUCGAAUCGUCGAGCCAUCCUUCUCAAUGUCGCUUGCUCAGCUACUAGAUGAGAGUAGGGUUGUACCAAUUUCGGUUUCCGGCAAUUUGGAUGUGUUGAUUAAGGGAAUUCAGCAUGACUCUCGAGAGGUUACCGCCGGGGACCUGUUCGUUUGUUGUGUGGGGAUGAAAACUGAUGGUCAUUUGUAUCUGAAUGAGGCAGACAAGAGAGGGGCUGUUGCAGUGGUUGCGAACAAGGAGAUCUCGAUCGAUGAGACGCUCGGAUGCAAGGCGUUGGUCAUCGUCGAAGACACGAAUUCGGUGCUUCCCCGUCUGUCUUCCUGUUUCUAUGGCAACCCAUCUGAGAAAAUGUCUGUAAUUGGCAUUACUGGAACUAAUGGGAAGACGACGACCUCCUAUCUGGUUAAAGGGAUAUAUGAGUCAAUGGCAUUAAGAACUGGUUUGAUUGGAACUAUUGCUCAUUACGUCCAUGGUAACAAUCAAUUGGAAUCGAAGAAUACCACUCCUGAUGCGGUCACCUUGCAGAAAUUGAUGGCUAAGAUGGUGCACAAUGGAACAGAGGCAUUGGUCAUGGAGGUUUCCUCUCAUUCUCUGGCGCAGAACCGCUGUGAGAAUGUCGAUUUCGACAUAGCAGUGUUCACGAAUUUGACUAGGGACCAUUUAGAUUUUCACAAGACGGAAGUAGAAUAUAGGGAGGCGAAAGCCAAGCUGUUCAGGAAGAUGGUCGAUCCUGAACGACACCGGAAGGUUGUAAACCUUGAUGAUCCAAAUGCAGCAUACUUCGUGUCGCAGGGGAACAGAGAUGUGCCCGUGGUUACAUUCGCUAUGGAGAACAAGGCUGCAGAUGUCUAUGCAGUUAAGUUUGAGCUUUCGUUGUUCGAGACACAAGUUCUUAUCAACACUCCACGUGGGAUGUUAGAAAUAUCCUCCGGAUUGCUUGGUAGGCAUAAUGUGUAUAACAUUCUAGCUGCUGUAUCUGUGGGGAUUGCAGUGGGAGCUCCAUUGGAGGAUAUUGUUAGGGGUAUUGAAGAAGUGGAUGCGGUACCUGGUAGGUGCGAGCUGAUUGAUGAGGAGCAGGCUUUUUCUGUGAUUGUAGAUUAUGCACACACCCCUGAUGCCUUGUCUAGAUUGCUUGACACAGUUAGAGAACUUGGUCCAAGGCGAAUUAUCACUGUUUUUGGAUGCGCUGGUGAGAGUGAUCGAGGAAAGAGGCCCAUGAUGACAAAAAUUGCAACGGACAAAAGUGAAGUGGUUAUUUUGACCUCUGACAAUCCCAAGAAUGAAGACCCUUUGGACAUUUUGGACGAUAUGCUGGCUGGUGUUGGAUGGACCAUGCAAGAUUAUUUGCGGCAUGGUGAAAAUGACUAUUAUCCGCCACUUCCAAAUGGUCACAGAUUGUUCUUGCAUGAUAUUAGACGAGUAGCUGUGCGAGCAGCUGUUGCAAUGGGUGAGGAGGGCGAUAUAGUUGUUAUUGCAGGCAAAGGUCAUGAAACAUAUCAAUUAGAGGGUGAUAAAAGAGAGUUUUUUGAUGACAGGGAGGAAUGCAGAGAGGCUUUGCAGUAUGUUGAUGAGUUGCAUCAGGCUGGUAUAGACACGAGUGAAUUCCCCUGGAGACUGCCAGAGAGCCAUUGAGGCCUAAAUUAUCAUAAAGCUGAAUCUCUUAAAGAAAUGGUGUGACUAUGCAGUCCCAAAUAUCAACCUUAUUGUUCUCACUGACCUGGAUGAAGCAUGUUGGCUCUUUGUUAUCAACAAAAGUCAUUCAGAUGCUAGUCGUUUUCCCAUUUUGAAGUUGUUGAUCAAGGGAAGGCAACUACAAGUUGUUGGAUAGCCUGCUAAUUUUCUUACGAGCCUUAAGCAGCUAUGCUCUUAUAAUGGGAAGCUAUUGAAGUGGAAUGGAGUGAGAAAUUUUGUGUGGUGACAUAGUUCUUCAUAGUAAAACUAGUCCCUGACCACUUGGAGCAAUGUGGAACGAUGUCUAGUGUUGCUGAAGUUAUCUGACUGGUGGUGCUGUCUCACUGCAUGAUAGAGAAAGUGCUUCAGCGGUUGCAGGAAAGGAGUGUGUUCACAUAAGAAUGGCAGACAACUGAAUACAUCAGCUCAAGCAUCGGACAAGUACACGUAUUUACUGUAUUCAAGAAUAUAAAGAAAGUGUAGGCUUUACUGCUCCACUAGCAUCAGUUUUGUGGCAGUUUUCUUUUCGGAUAGGUUUGUUUAUAUGGUUCUCAAGGGGUUCACAGUUUCAGUCAUGUCCGUUCCAGUUGCAUCUCUUAUUUUGAGUUUAAUGCCAAGAGGCCUUUUCUUACCCUGCA